GAAUCCCGGAGCUGAGCUGGAGAUGAUCUCCCACAUGGAUCAGAAGGAGGAACUGUGGCUCUCCCACCUCUGCACCUCCCGAGGGGACACCACCGCGGCAGUUCUGAGCAGCACCUGUGCAGCUGAAGAUGAGAUGAUGGACAAGAAAGAGGAGAAUGUCCAAGGCACUCCUGAGCCCGCACAGCCUGAGGGGUUGCUCUCAGCUCUCUCCAAGGAGAACAGCUCCCAGAGCCCUGGACAGGACCCAGUCAUCCCACACAGCUCAGAGAGGGUGCAGAGACCUCUGGGGAAGAGGCAAAACCGAGCAGCACUACGUGGGAAGAGUUUCAGGAGGCUGCCAGAUACUAUCCAGCAGAGAAAUCCAUCCGUGGGGAGGCUGAUGAUAUGUGGGGACUGCGGGAAGAACUUCCGAGUGAGCUCCAACCUGGCACAGCACCGGAGAAUCCACACCGGGGAGAAACCCUUCUCCUGCUCCGAGUGCGGGGAGAGCUUCCGUCAGCGCUCGCACCUUGUCCAGCACCAGAGGACCCACACGGGGGAGAGGCCCUACCAGUGCUCCGAGUGUGGCAAGAGCUUCAGCAUGAGCUCGAAGCUGCUCCGGCACCAGGUGACCCACACUGGGGAGAAGCCCUACAGGUGUGCCGAGUGCGGGAAGAGCUUCUCCGGGAACUCGCAGCUGGUGCAGCACCAGCGAGUGCACACCGGGGAGAGACCCUACGUGUGCGGCAGCUGCGGGAAGAGCUUCAGCGUCAGCUCGGCCCUGGCACGGCACCGCCGCGUGCACACGGGGGAGAAGCCCUACGAGUGCUCCGAGUGCGGCAAGAGCUUCAGCCAGAGCUCGGAGCUCAUGAAACACCAGCGCGUGCACACCGGGGAGAAGCCCUACGAGUGCUCC